AUGAAGCGCCGCGCACCCCCGUCUCCCCUCGACCUCGCCAUCUCAUCUCUGACAAAUUUCACGCCCAAUGGCGCGGUUCGAGGCGUUGCACCAGGGUAUAAAAGCAGCGCCAAUCCUCACGCCAAAGCGAAUGCAAAUGUUAAUACCAACGCCCAUGUCGGCUCAAAUACCAGCUCCAAGGUUACCAAUCACACCACCGUUACGACUUCCAAACCGAGUUCCAAUGCCUAUGCUACCUCGAACACCAGUUUCAAAACUACCAGCCCCGAUACCGUGACGAACGCCCAUGUCACCUCCAAGUCCAACGCAAACUCCAACCUCAAUCCGAACACCAACACGCAGCCCAAUCGACCCGCCCCAGGCAUCGAAAGCGAGCGGCCCUACCAUGAAACAUACAGCCUCAAGAUGGCGAGGUUCUGGGCUGCAAAGGCGCAGGCGCUCAAGGAGCCGUUUAUUCCCGCGGGUGACGACGUCGGCGAGGGGAUUGCAGCCGGGGAUGUUCAGUAUAGCGGAAGUACUGUUGGUGAAAUGGCCGGCGGUGGGGCUGGGAUUGAUUGGGUAUGUUCCUUAUUUUUGUUUUGUUUUGGUUAUUUAUUUGUUGGUGUGAUUGUGGUGGGUUUCUGUGUUUUGGCUUGUAUACUUGCAAAACCGUUUUUGAUACGCAGAGGCAAGUUCAAGUUGAGCACAGGCACAAGCACUAGCACUCCAAGUCUCAAGACCAGACUGACACGAUGA